ACCACCAGCACGUCGAGCGCCCGCCCGCGCGCCCGUCGCUGCUCCACCUCGCCUCCAGCCAUGGAGACACUCGCGGGCGACAUUGAGCGUCUGGCCGCGCGCGCCCCCGCGCUGUUCGCCCGCAGCGACGGCGCGGGCAGCAGUGCGGCACCCUCCUCGUCGCUGCCGGCGCAGCUCGAUGCGCUCAUCGCUCGUCUCGAGGCAGCGCGCAGCAGCGGCAGCAGCAGCACGCCUUCCAGCGCCGAGCUCGCCAGCGCCGUCGCCGCGCUGCAAACGACGGCCGCCGCACGCACAAAGGAGUACUACAACGCCCUCUCGCGCGCCUCCAAGACCCUCGAGCGCCGCCUGGCGUCGCAGCCGCCGCUCGACGCCAGCAUUGCCGAGCCGGCGCUCUUCACCGCACGUGCGCCGCAGGAGGCGCUGCUGCGCACCGUGUGGAGCCACCUGCUGCGCGCCGGCGAGCGUGAGGCUGCACAGACGCUGCUGCAGGAGGCAGGCUUUACCGCACCGUCGCACGCCGACUUCCAGGCGCUCUCGCACAUUCUGCGGGCGCUCAACAGCGGCGAUCUCAAGCCUGCCAUCGCCUGGGCCACCGAGCAUGCCGAGUGGCUCUCUGCGCGUGGCUCGCUGCUCGAGUUCGCCCUGCAUCGCAGCGCCUGUCUGCGUCUGGCACUCGGGGCCGCCGUCACUUCCACCGCCCCGCCUGCAGCGCCGGCGGAGGAGUGGAGCGAUGCUCGCUCGACGCUGGGCUCCGACGACGCGCACGACGGCUUCUCACCGACGCAGCGGGCCAUGCUCUACGCCAGCGAGCAUCUCGCGGCCUUCCAUGGCACGCAUCUGCACGAGAUCCAACGACUGCUCACCUUCAUCCUCUACAUUCCGCCCGACUCGCCCGUGUCGCUCGAGAUGCUGCACAUCCAAGUGCCGGCGCCGUACCGCAGCUUCCUCGAUGCACAGGCCAUGCACGCACCGUUCCUGGCGCCGCUGCUCGAGGCCGAGUGGUGCGCCAAGGAAGGCGUGCCGCGCGAAGCACCGCUGCGCCUGGCCGUCGAGAUCGGCGCCGGAGGCGCGCUGAAUCGCAUCGCAAAGGUCCGUGCCGUCAUGAAGCAGUCUGGCAACGAGUGGAGCCAAGCCGACGAGCUGCCUGUCGAGAUCCCCCUGCCGCCGCAUCUGCGCUUCCACUCGACAUUCGCCUGCCCCGUGUCCAAGGAGCAGGGCACCGAGGAGAAUCCGCCCAUGCUCAUGGCGUGCGGCCACGUCGUGGCGCAAGAGUCGCUCACGCGCAUCUCCAAGGGCGGCAGUCGCGUCAAGUGUCCCUACUGCCCCUCUGAGAGCGCAGUGAGCAUGGCGACACGCGUGUACUUCUGAGCGCCGUCCCGGCCUUCCUCUUCCCUUCACGUUCCACUCACGAAGCCUCACAUCACUGUACUACCACCUCCGUUCGUCUCGCUGUACACUACCCACACGCCUCUCUCGUCAUACCACAGUUGCAGUCACUCUCAGCC